AUGUCGUCGUCGAAAUCGGAAAGUAAUCAGUCGAACGGGUCCGUCCAGCUGCCCCUCAAUCUUCUCGCUUUGAAAGCAAAGGUACCGCCGAGUUUUUGGGCAAAUGUUGCAAUUUUUGCGAAAACACUUUGUUAUUGAGUUGAAAUGGGUAUAUUUUUCGGGAAUAUCCAAAAAAAACAGUUUUUCGUGGUAAAAACCAUUUUGGCAAAAUUGGCCUAGAGAACUCUGCAUAGGAUUCUAGGCCAAGUUUGCCAAUUUGCGAUUUUUGACGCGUUUUCUGCGCUUUUUCUGCGACAAACUGGAAAAUUGAAAUGUUUUCGAGCACGUCAAGUGUCGUUUGAAAAAAAAAUCAUUUUUUCGAAAUUGGGUGAGAGAAAAUUGAGCGCUUCUUUCUCUCUAUUUUUCUACGCUUCCAAAUCGGACAAAGUGAUUUUGCACACACAAAACAGCUUCCAAACUGUACGAAGACGUGCAAAAAGACACAUUUUAAUCGAAAGGCCAGCGGAAAAGCAACAAAAACGCGUGAAAAACAACAUUUUAUCGUGCGGGCACACGGGCGGAGAGAGCGUCGGCGCACAGAGACGCAGACGGAGAAACAGACGGAGCGAGGCGGAGAGAUUGGACGGAAAGCACUACAAUUUUUGCAGAUAUUCUCUGUGAAGCAUGGGGCCGAUGAGGUGCAGGACCAAAUCGCGCAUUUGUACCAGUUUCAGCAGGCGAUUGCCGAUCACAAGAACGAGCACGAGCAGCAGACGAAAAAGGUAUCAUUUUUACUGACCGAUUUUCAAAGGAAUAGACCCUUUUCAUGUUCAGAUACGAGAGAAAAUGAGCGAGAUGAAUCGAGCGCUGAAGACGACGGGCCAGAAUCAGCAGAAGGCGUGCGACGAGCGACUCGCCGAGCUUUUCGAGACGGCCGAGCCCUAUCUGCACUCGGGGACCGCCGCGGGCGCCGUGCCGGGCGACGUGCUCGAACGGUGCAUCGGAGUGCUCGCCAGUGCGAAGGGAAUCGAGGCGACGAUCCAGAAAACGUCGGACAUGUCGGCCAAAGUGCUCAACGAUCACUACUUGCUCGCUCGGCUCGAGGCCAAGGUAGAGUGUGCUAGGCGCCUUUAAUUUCUACAGCAAUCUCGGUGAAAAUUAGCGCUCAAAACAUCAGAUUUUGACGAAAAAAAAGGCGAGUAAGCGCAGUUUUUGGUACGGUUUUAAAGACGCAGCACCGAAAUUGCGCCCGAGCCGGCUGUUCUCAAAAUUCUUGAACUAUUUCUUUGCAGCAACGCGACGCGAUUGAGCGCUACGAAGAAGUGCUGCGCGUGCAGGGCCUGGCGCACGGAGUGCCGGCCGACGAGCCGCUCUUCCACGUGGCCAACCUUCCGGCCCUCCUCUUCACUCUGUCGAUCUCGGCCGACGUGGCGCCGUACUAUCAGAAGACGCUCAAAGAGCUCGAGAAGCGUUUGAGCCAGCUGGUCGCUCAAAUUCGACUGGAUAUUGUCGGUUUUUCGGGCGCGAAAUGUUUGAAUUUUAAUUUUUUUGAAGGCGGAAGAAGCGAUCGAGAAGACUGCCGCGGAGGCGGCGACGUUUUCGAGUAUGAGCAAUGGGGAGGUGGGCGUCGGAUCGCUGCAGGACCAUCAAGAGUACCCGGUCGAGCCGGCGUCGUCCUGA